CCAUUUUCACAAAUACACACACAAACACUCAUAUUACUCAACUGUCUUUUGUUGAUAUUUUUAUGCAAAACAAAAACAAACGAUAACACAAAAAGAAUUCUAAAUCAUUAAUGGUCAUUUAUUUGGAUUAUUAAUAAAUUCUGGCCAUUUCUAUCGACCUGCCAAUAAUUUGAUUUUUUUUCAUUUCGAUUUUUUUUAAUGGGAAGUCAAUUGACCAAAACUGGAUCAUCAUCAUCAUCAUCAUCAUCAUCAUCAUCAAUUUCAUCAUCGACACAACAACAAUCCUCAUCGAAUUAUCAAUCUUUACGUUCGAGUCCAAUUCAUACUGCCCAACAACAGCAACAACAAUCGUCUAUAAUUCGAAUCGAACGACAACAACAACGAUCAAUUCCAAAGAAUAUUGUCAUAGUGAAUCGUGGACCAAACAAAGAUACAAAUAGCCAAGAUAUUUAUUCAAAAUUACCAUCGGAACCAUUAUUAAAACCAUUGAUACCAUUGGGACAAUUAUCAUCAAAUUUUAUCGUUACUCUUGAUCAACCACGAUUAUCAGUAUUGCCAUUUGUUGAGCUUGGUAAAUCAUUUGAUCAGAAUCUAAAACAAGCAGCCGAAACGGUUGCCACGGAGCAACAAAAAAUUAUCGAUCGUAUCCGUUUAUUUGAACAACAAUCGGUGAAAUUAUCACAACAAUAUUCUCAAGAUAAACAGCGACGUUUUAAUAAAGCGGUUGAAAACUUUGGAAAAUUCGAUGAUAUACGAUCACUACUUGAUCGUUGUGAAAACGAUAUUGAACAAUUAUUGACAACAUUUGCUAAAUUAAAUUCGGCAUUGCCCGAAUCAUUGUGUUUGGAAAAUUUUCAACCACCUUGUUAAAC